GUUCCGACGCCGAACGGUCCUUUGCCAACACCAACACAACCAACCUUGCCUCGUUCUCUCCCCGAGAAACACCAAACAACAACACAUCACUACCUCGAACCACACAGUUCAAACCCCAAUACAACGAAUACACUACAAAUACACGCCCAUAUUCUUCACUGCUACCGACCUUAUUGCUAAGGAAUACCGAUCCAAACCCCCAACGAUCCCGCAAAGCAGUUGCACCAUGGCUACCACCCCUUCCCUCAGCCCGAAGGAGCGACGAAUCGGCAAGGAGCUGAUGGACAUUCGCAACGACAAGGACAACUCUGGAGUAUUUGCCCAGCCGAUCAAUGAGGCCAACUUGCUCCACCUCAAGGGUUCCUUUCCCGCACCUCCCGAUACACCCUACGCCGGAGGCUUGUACGAAGUCGAUAUUAAGAUCCCCGACAGCUACCCCUUCAAGUCUCCCACCAUCAAGUUCAUCACCAAGAUCUGGCACCCUAAUGUCAGCAGUCAAACUGGUGCUAUCUGUCUGGACACACUCGGUAGUGGCUGGUCUCCAGUACAGACGAUCAAGACGGCUUUGCUUUCCCUUCGCAUGCUGCUCGAGUUCCCCAACCCAAAGGACCCCCAAGACGCAGAGGUGGCCAAGAUGAUGCUGGAGAACCCCGAGGGGUUUGCGAAAAAGGCAAACGAGUGGGCUGUUAAGUACGCCGGUGCACCGUCAAAGGAAUUUGACACAACAAAGUACAAGCAGGUUGCUUCCGAAGCAAAGGAAGAUGACGUAAACAGGUAUGCUGGCUACAAUAAGGAUCUCAUCGACCGCUUUGUCGGCAUGGGAUUUGAGCUCGAUGCUGUCGUUGAAGCCUUCACCUUCAUAGGCAUCGACCGCAAUGGUGGCAUGGACUACGAACUGGAAGAGGCAUAUCUUGGUGACAUUACCGCCCACCUCCUCGGCGAGCAAUGAUUCAACUACCCGAAAAGAGGCCGCCCGGUGGAUCGUUCGACCGAGGUCGAGGGCUACCAGGCCACCAAUCUCGAUUGAUCCGAGGGCAAUAUGAGUACAAAGUGACGAGCACGGCAAAUCAUGAAACGACGGGCAGCAUUGCAUCGAAUAUGGA